AUGAAACUCAGAAGCUCCAAACACUUUAUCGGCUACGAGGAUCAUGAAGCUGCUCCCAUCCAAUCAGAGGCUCAAGAGAGCUCAGGUCGACAGAAGAGGCUGGACAGUUUUCGCUCCAGCUCGAGUUUGGCUGAGAUAACCAUGAGGGUCCAAAAUGACCUGAGAAAAGAACAAGAUGAACCAGCUAGGAGGCAAAGAUCUUCAACACAGAGAUUAUCCAGAAGCUCUUCAGAGAUUGCAUCCCCACUAGUGGUACAAAUGGUCCCCAGGGGGCGCUCUGUUGGAGGCACAUCUGAUCCUGCACAAAGAACGAGUAAAAAAGCAAAGUCAAUUGCAGCAAGAACAGAACUGUCCAGGACUUUUGAUGAUGAAGAUCCAGCACCAAAACAGCAACAGAAACAGAGAAAAAAUACUCGCAGAAAAACUGACAAACAGUCAACUGCAGCCAGGAAGGCUCAUACAGAACCGCUUGUCAAGUCUGACGAUGAAGAAAGAGCACCAAGAAGCAAACAGAAACCACGCAAAAAUACACGCGGAAAAUCUGUACAGAAUGAACCUCUACUACCCCAGUGGCUGAUCAACCUGAUGUUUGACAUUGAGGAGGCCACCAAGCAUGAGCUGACUGUGGAGUGAUGGAAAUAAAGAAGAAUAUAUUUUCUAAUAAAAGAAAACGCAGA